UACCAGGAGUACUUCAACUUUGAGGGCUCGAGGCGCUUGUCGGCCGCGACGCUGCGUGCUGAUGCGCGUGCUGCGGAGGAGGCCAAGGUGCUGGCGGCUGGCCAGAAGGCGAUCGCGCACUCGGAGCGACAGCGCACCGAGUCACAACACAAGAAGUCGGCGGGUCGCAGGUGGUUCAACUUCGAGUCGGACGAGAUGACGGACGACGCGCGCCGGGACUUCCAGCUGCUGCGCAUGCGUAACUACCUGGACCCGAAGAAGUUCUACAAGAGCUCGGACCACUCGCGCGCGCUGCCCAAGCACUUCCAGAUGGGCGUGGUGGUCGAGGGCGCGCACGAGUUCCACUCGGCGCGUCUCACCAAGAAGCAGCGCCGCAAAACCUUCACGGACGAGAUCAUGGCGGACGAGGCCGUGGUGCAGUACACCCACCGCGUGGCCUGCAACAUCCAGGCCGCGCGCGCCAACACGGGCCGCAAGAAGAGACGACGCAACUAG